GCGCGAUCGUGGUGACCGAGUCUGCGCUGGCGUCCGCCGCCCCCGCCCCCAGGAGCAUUGCGGGUGCGUUUCCAGACGGCCACGCGCUCCCCACUUGCCAGAAGACAAACCACGCCACUCAACAUAUCACCACCCCUGCUCGUCUCUGCCAAAAUGGCUGUUUUUGGACACACAUUCCCCUUCUACCCUGGUCCCAAGCCAGUCUUCCCAGUGGACACCACCUUGGCUGUCAUAACCACCAUCUUCCUGACUGCACUGGUCACUUUUAUCAUCAUCCUUCCCGGCAUUCGGGGCAAGAUGAGGCUGUUCUGGCUGCUGCGGGUGGUGACCAGCUUAUUCAUCGGGGCUGUGAUCCUGGCCGUGAACUUCAGCUCCGAGUGGUCUGUGGGCCAGGUCAACACCAACACGACAUACAAAGCCUUCAGCCCCAGGCGGGUCAGCGUGGAUGUGGGGCUGCAGGUCGGGCUCGGGGGAGUCAACGUCACACUCACAGGGACCCCAGUGCAACAGCUGAAUGAGACCAUCCAUUACAACGAGGAGUUCACAUGGCGCCUGGGUGAGAGCUAUGCAGAUGAGUACGUGGAGGCACUGGAGAAGGGACUUCCAGACCCUGUGCUCUACCUAGCUGAGAAGUUCACCCCACGAAGUCCAUGUGGCCUGUACAACCAAUACCGCCUGGCAGGACACUAUGCCUCCGCCAUGCUGUGGGUGGCCUUUCUCUGCUGGCUGCUGGCCAAUGUGAUGCUGUCCAUGCCAGUGCUGGUUUAUGGUGGCCACAUGCUAUUGGCCACUGGCAUCUUCCAGCUGUUGGCACUGUUCUUCUUCUCCAUGGCCACAUCACACACCCCGUCCUGUCCCCUGCACCUGGGCACUGCUGUGCUGAGGACUUACCAUGGGCCUGCCUUCUGGACCACACUGAUCACAGGACUGCUGUGUGUGCUGCUGGGCCUGGUCAUGGCAGUGGCCCACAAGAUGCAGCCCCAGAGGCUGAAGGCUUUCUUCAACUCAAAUGCAGAGGACCCUGUCUUGGACUGGAGUCCUGAGGAAGGGGGCCUCCUCAGCCCCCGCUACAGGCCCAUGGCUGAGAGUCCAGAGCCCCAGGACAUUCCCUUGUCAGAGGCUUCCUCUGAGGCAUGUUUGAAAGAAGAGUACCUCCUAGAGCCCGACUGUGCUCUGUAACA